AUGAACAUCGGGCCGGGAAGCGGCAAGGCGGCGCGCUACCAGCCAAAGCCGCAGCUGCGCAAGAAGGAGGUGGUGCACCGCAACCCCAAUCAUGUUGCGAGGGACGCGUAUGACGCGCAGGAAGGUGAGAAUCCCCUUAUGGACCGCUUGUACAGCGACGGCAUCUCCAGCGGCCCGCGGCUCGGGGUGCCGAAUCGUCUGGCGCAAGAGCAGCUGUGCGGCGUCGCGUCGACGCGCAAGCGGAUGCACGAUGAGUCCUCCGUGAUGUCGCGGACCCGCGUGGAGCCGCUGGAGGACGAUGCCGCGCUGCUGCCGUCACCGUCACCACCGCCGCCGCCGCCGUCGCACCGUACCCUCCAGCUGUACAGGCAGCCCACCCACUGUGAUGCGGAUCUUAAGAGGGUGUUCGCCACCAGCUACGCUGAGAACAAGGCUGUGACGCUGUCGCUGAAACGUGGGCGGUCUGUCCCUGGCCGGCUGAAGCCGCUUGCCGCCGCCGCGCAGCAGCAGGACGAGACACAGGAUGAGGAGCGAGCAGGGGCCCAAACAACGCUCAUGCAGGUGAGCCCAAUACCACGAUUCACGAAAUUACGCUCGAACGCACCGAAUGAGUUUACUUACCUUGUUAUGCGGCCAAAGGGGAUCCGUGAUCCGUACAAUCCAUACGACUUGCAGGCGGUGUCGCACAAGGAAAUUGAUCCGUCGAAUUACUACACUGUUUCUGCCGCGGGUGUGACGAAGUUCUCCGGCCAUGCGGCUGAAUUCAUUGAGCUACACACGUGGGAGCGGGACUGUCGCAUAUUCCAUCAACUGAGAGAGCUGGAUGUCUUUCGGGACUACAAGAAGUGGAAGAGUUUUCUGCUGUGGCGAGGUCUCGUUCGCAACCACGCGAUGUCCAACUGCAAAACGUUCCUUACAAAGAACCUCUUCCACGUACAUCCACAUCUAUCUGGUGCGCUGCAGACAGUGCGACGUAUGUGCAUAGACUGCCUCAACAACGACAGAAUGCACCUCCCAGCAACAGAGACCCGCACACUGGAGUCUUUUUGUGCUACGUUGGCGUCGCAUGUGAAUUUUCAGCGGAAUCGCCUGGACAAGAUGAUUAAGAGCAUUCGUGACACCGUCGAGCGGGCAUGCAAGGCGGCGAUGUUGGCGGCACAGUUGGAACGUGAAACCGUCAGUGCCCUGCACGCUGAGGACGACAAGAAAACGAAGAAACUCAUUGAUGUCCGUGAAUUAGGGACGCAGCAAAAGCCCACCUACAUUGAGAUGUCACAGAAAAAGGCUGUCUGCCAGCGUUUAACGGCCUUCAUCCGCUUAUGCGAUUACAUCAUUAUUCACUGCCUGACAAGGCUGGCGGCGAAGGCUGUCGAGGACGUCCAUCACGACUUUCGCUUCCCCAAACCGCAAAAACCGGCAGAGCCACCUGCGUGCAAAAACCCAAAGACGUCGGCGAAGUCUAGGCGGCAGGAUGCAAAUGCCAAGGCUGAAGCGCAAAAGGCGACAGGCCCUUUCACAGGUCCUAUACUCAGUGUUGACAUUCUGUAUAGCGAGAACGAGGAGAUCAUCAACGUCACACCAUCUCUCCCGCAGAUCAUUGAAUGUGUGGAGGAUGUUGUGAAGGAUUACAUAAAGACACUGAGCGCGGUUCCACGGCUGGUGGGGAUGGAUGCCUUCAAGGUGUUCACUGAUAACGCGGUAGAUGAAGCGCAGCCUGAAUUUUCUUCAGGUCCAGCUGUGGGGGAGAUGAUCGUCUCAGAAGAGGCAUACAAGCAGCAUAUUGUAUCGAUACGUGAGGGUAUCGCAAAGGCAUACGCUGUUGUUGAAGAGUAUGCAAACGGCUUCGAGUGCUUCAGGGACAUGUACGUGGAGAAUAGCCGCCUAGAUGAUGAAGGUGUGCGGAAAAGCGGCGUUGGACUGGAAUUCUUCCGCGAGCGGCUUGCCUUAUACAAAGCUCAGGGCGAGGCCAUCACGACCAAGAUACCCAACUCAAAGGAUGUGGCGCUUUUUACGGUCCACACCGAGUCACUGCGGGAGUUCUUCAGUCCGAGUCCUGUUGCAUGCCUCAAGACAUUUCACCGACUACUUCCUGUUAUUGCACAUCAGCAGAACGAGGCAUUGCUGGCAGAUCUGCAGAGUUGCAAUGUGUAUCUCUCCACCCACCCAAAAACGGUGGAACACUAUGUAGAGUACCUGGCCUAUUACAAGUCACUAGAGGGCCGAUUCGACGCCAUUUCGGCGUCGUACGAUUUUAUCCGUGAGCUGUUCAAUUUGUUGCAGGAAGAAAAAGUGGAAAUUGAGGAAGAUGUGGAGGAAACAUACCGAAGUGGAACACGACCGCAGUUCGAGAAGUUGCGCACGCUGAUGCAAAUCAUCGAAGAUAGCAGAGAUUCACAACAGCGUCACUUCAUUCGCAACAUUGAUGAGCAGAUGGAGGAGCUUCGUCACCGCAUUGAAGCUGUCUAUGACCGUGCUGGUCAGCCUAUCGUUGCAGACGACAAGGCUGACAUUGACGAGGUGAUUACUUUCAUCACGGCGUUGCAGACUGAGGCGGAAGGCAUCGCCGCACGGGAGAAGGAGUUGCGGCAGUACCAAAUUGUCAUUGGAGGCGAAGAGACGGCGGUGGAGACAAUGACGGAAAUGCUGAACGAUGUGAACGUAAAGGCGCGCCUCUGGGUGGGUAUGCGGGAGUGGGACACCUUCACAGAGGAGCAGGGUCCCAUUCCAUUCGAGCAGCUCGAUGUGCCAGCGGUGCAAGAGAAGGUGCAGAAGUAUGUCACAACUGUCAAGCAGGUCUCAUCUAAGCUGGCAGGCAAUGCCGCGGUAUCCAAGCUGAAAUCUAAGGUGGAGGAAUGGCGUGUUUUAAUACCUAUUCUGCAGGCCCUCACGAAUCCCAAGAUGAAACUUGAGCACAUGUCCAAAGUUUCGAACGUUAUUGGGCCACUGGAGGACGAAAGUGGAAAUGCCAAGACCCUCGCCGACUGGAACAACCAAUUUACCCUCGGCAUGUUGCUGAAGAAUAACGUGGUGCGAUACAGGGAUGAUAUUCUUGCUGUUAGUGCAGCGGCAACGGAGGAGGAUAAAUUGCAGCAGCAGAUAGACAAGGUGAACGCCCUCUGGAAUGGUGGGGGCCCGAAGCCGCCAAUGGAAUUCCAAUUCCACAAUCACAAGGACAUCAAAGACCUCUACACCCUCGUCGGCUCAUCCGUGGAAGAUGUCACGGCGCUACUUGAGGACUCUGCUAUUGCCAUGUCGACAAUUGGCUCAAGCCGCUGCUGCCAGGGCGUGCUGCGCGCGCAGGUGGACCGCUGGGAAUAUCGCCUCAGGUACAUGCAGGAGACGCUCGACCGUUGGGUGGAGCUGCAGCGCAACUGGAUAUAUCUUGAAAACAUCUUUUCCUCUGCAGAGAUACGCAGCCAAUGGAAGGAUGAUGCGAAGCGCUUUGAGAAGGUUGACCGUUUCUUCCGAGAUUUAAUGCGGAAGGCUCACGACAUGCCAACGGCGUACCGCGGUCUGCUCAUCAACGCACCUGUAGAAAGCAAUGAACAGAUGACAGGCAAGACUCUCAAGGUUGACCUUGAAAGCAAUAUCAAGGAAGUGGAAAAAGUUCUUGCGAGUCUGGAGCGCAGGCUUGAGGAGAAGCGUCGUGCUUUCGCGCGCUUCUACUUCCUCAGCAACGAUGACCUUCUUGAUAUACUCGCGAAGGUGAAAACACCCGAGCUUAUUAUGCCACACAUGUUGAAGAUGUUUGACGGCAUUAAGACUUUGGCAUUUGCUGAAUCCAAUGACAUCACACACCUCGUUUCGAUGGAAGGUGAGCUGGUGGAGCUUGUCAAUAAGAGUAUCAAGGCGCGUGGUCCAGUUGAGACGUGGAUUGACAUGCUGGAGCGCGAAAUGUUCUCCACGCUGCGCAAGCAUGCCAGCACAUGUCUCAAUGAUUAUGAGGCGAGAAACGACCGUGCGGCGUGGAUGUUCCAGCACCCGGUGCAGCUUGUGCUCAUCAUGGAGCAGCUGUUGUGGACACGCGGCGUGGAAGAGGCGCUCGGUCAACCAGACUCAGAGCAGCUUAUGGCGGCUUUCAAGCAGGAAAAUUACACGAAACUGGAGGAGCUUGCUGGUCUCACGGCCCGUAAGCUGACGAAGGUGCAACGCAUCCUUCUUUCCACACUCAUUACUAUUGACGUUCACGGACGUGAUUUGGUAGACGAGAUGUGCGAAAAUGGUGUCUUGGAGCCGAAAGAGUUCGGUUGGACCAAACAGUUGCGCGUGUACUGGGAGCAAGAUGAAGACGGACACGGCAACAUCUUUAUUCGACAGAACAACUCACGUUUUGUGUACGGCUAUGAGUAUCUGGGUGCGCAAGGUCGCCUCGUCAUCACACCACUCACGGAUCGCAUUUACAUGACGGUUACGGGCGCGUUGAAGCUGCAGCUUGGCGCCGCACCGGCGGGUCCCGCUGGUACUGGCAAGACGGAGACCGUGAAAGACCUGGCGAAGAACUUGGCUAGACAGUGCAUUGUGUACAACUGCUCCGAUGGUGUGACGUACAAGAUGAUGGAGAAGUUCUUUUCGGGUUUGAUUCAAACAGGGGCGUGGACCUGCCUCGAUGAGUUUAAUCGCAUCAACAUUGAGGUGCUGUCUGUGAUUGCCUCACAGCUGCUCGAGAUCAAGCUCGCACUCCAGAACGGCCUUGAGACAUUCACGUUCCAGGGAACGCCUAACGUGCGGGUGCGCCGCACGUACGGUGCGUUUGUGACGAUGAACCCCGGUUAUGCGGGCCGCACGGAGCUACCAGACAACCUUAAGAUUCUCUUCCGCCCGGUUGCCGUCAUGACACCUGAUUUCCGCAUGAUCGCAGAGGUUAUUCUCUACUCCGAAGGCUUCACGAAUGCAAAGGACCUCUCAUUGAAAAUCACGCAACUGUACAAGCUCAGUUCGGAACAGCUUUCACCGCAGGACCACUACGACUUCGGCAUGCGUGCGCUCAAGUCGAUUCUUGUCAUGGCAGGUGAUUUGAAGCGUUCGCAGCCAGACGUGGAGGAAGAUCUCACUCUCAUUGUCGCGUGUAAUGACUCCAAUGUGCCGAAGUUUGUCGCAGAGGACCUUCCACUCUUUCGCGGUAUCAUGCAGGACUUGUUUCCUGGCGCUAACUUUCCGGAGCGGGAGUACGAGGAGCUGCUUCCCGCCAUGCAAAAAAGUAUUGAUACGAAAAAGUUGGUUGCACACGACACGUGGGUGAAGAAAGGAAUCCAGUUCUAUGAAACGCUCAUUGUCCGCCAUGGUGUUAUGAUGGUUGGUGUCACCGGCACAGGGAAGACGGAGAUUCGCAACUGCAUCUCAGAUGCCCUCUCUACGAUGGCAGAGGCAGAGUCAAGCAACCCAAUGGCGCGGCCGGUGCAUCAGUUCGUCAUGAACCCCAAGUCUGUGAUGCUGCAUGAGCUGUAUGGUCAACUGGACGUUAACACGAACGAAUGGCGGGAUGGUGUGUUGUCGGUCAUUGCAAAGAACUGUGUUCGUGACUCAGAGGGAAGCAAGGAUCACCGCUGGAUUGUAUUUGAUGGCCCUGUUGACACGCUGUGGAUUGAAUCGCUGAAUUCUGUCCUGGAUGAUUCCAAGCUGCUUUGUCUCGACAGCGGUGAGCGCAUCAAGCUUCCCGAGACGAUUCACAUGCUCUUUGAGGUGGCGGAUCUGGCCGUCGCGUCGCCUGCCACUGUCUCUCGCUGCGGUAUGGUUUACCUUGACGCCGCAGAUCUUCACUGGAGUGCGGUGGUGCGUCAGUGGGCAGCGUCGAAGCUCGCCGAUGCGGGUGGUCAGCCGCAGUGUGGCAACUAUAUUAUUUCCCUCUUUGACACAUAUGUGCAGAAGGGACUCGACUGGCUGGCGAUGCAGAAAGUGCUCAUCGGUGGCGGUGUGGUGAAUGUGGUGCAGUCCCUGUGCGACCUCUUCACAGCUCUGGUGCAAUGCAACGAGGUGACGCUUAUGCCUGACCCACCGGGCGAGACGGUGCUACCUCACGAUUCUAAGAUUUUCAAGGAGCGGAAUGAACUCUGCGGGCUGCUCUUUGCCUUUUCCUUUGUGUGGUCCAUUGGCGGCAACGUUGACCCCGCGUCGAUGGAAAGCUUUGAUACACUAGCCCGCAACCUGCUUGAGACAGUGGUGCGUUUCCCCAAUAGCGGCUCAGUGUAUGACUACAUGAUUGACUUCUCCUCACGUCUCUUUGUUCCAUGGGAGACUCGCAUGGCGGAGUUCCGUUACGAUGUACACAUGCCGUACUUCGAUAUCCUUGUCCCGACCAUAGAUACUGUGCGUUACAGCACAUUGGCGAAGACACUGAUUCAGUACGGUAAGCCGUUGCUAUUUAAUGGACAGACAGGUGUGGGAAAGAGUGUAAUCCUUACGGACUACCUUACGCGCAACAAGGAGGAGAUGAAACUGUCCGUCAUCGUUUUUCAGUUCUCUGCUCAGACAUCGUCGGAACGGACGCAGGAGUUGAUUGAGUCUAAACUGAAGCAUAAGCGCAAGAACAUCCUCGGGGCGCCGCCUGGACGGAAUGUGGUGCUCUUCAUUGAUGACCUCAAUAUGCCGGCGCUCGAGACAUUCGGUGCUUCACCGCCUAUCGAGCUGCUGCGUCAAGUGAUGGGCAACGGUGGGUUUUACGACCGCAAGAUCGCCGGUUUCUGGAAGCAUGUGCAGGAUGUGACAGUUGUGGCAGCGUGUGGGCCGCCAGAGGGCGGACGUAACCCCGUGACGGCGCGACUCACCCGUCUCUUUCAUCUCUUCCACAUUCCGACCCUCAAUGAUGAAUCGAUGAAACGCAUCUUUCACUCCAUCCUGCAGGGUUGCUUCCAGGCGAAGAACUUCAGUGAAGAGGUUCGGGACAUGACCAAGUCUCUUGUUGCUGCCAGUAUCGACAUUUUCACGAAGCUGCGCGAUGCUAUGCGGCCGAAGCCAGCGACGCCGCACUAUACUUUUAACCUGCGCGACCUGGCGAAGAUAUUCCAGGGCAUCACGCAGGUGACACCGCGUGUGUGCAGGCAGCGACGCUCCAUCACACGCCUUUGGAUACACGAGGUGAUGCGGUGUUUCUACGACCGCCUCGCGUCGCCGGAGGACCGCCUGUACUUCACAGAGGAACUUAUGAUGGACUCCCUGACGCGUCUCGUUCCUGGGCAGCACUCGCACGGGGAGUACUUUGAGGGUGAUCCGCUCGUGUGGGGUGACUUCCUGCGCAUCGGCGCAGUGGAGCGGGUGUACGAGGAGAUGGCGGAUUUCAGGAAGCUCCCGGCACUCUUUGGGGAAUACCAGGAUGACUAUAACGCGUACCUUACCGGCAACGCAGGAAAGGAUGAUGAUAACAACAGUGGCGGAAACGGCGGCAGUUCGUUCCUCAAUCUUGUCUUCUUCAAGGACCACUGUGAGCAUUUGGUGCGCAUCAUCCGCAUUUUGCGGCAACCACGCGGCAACGCGUUGCUUGUUGGUGUAGGCGGCUCAGGUAAACGAUCGCUGACGCGACUCGCCGCCUCUAUUGCGGAGCGGCAGACUUUUGAGAUAUCUGUUGGAAAAGGUUACUCCAUGAACGAGUUCCACGAGUUUCUCCUUGAACUCUACACCACCACUGGCGUACACUGCAAGCCCUCCGUAUUCCUUCUCUCGGACAACCAAAUUGUGCACGAGGGGAUGCUGGAGGACGUGAACAGCAUGCUCAACUCUGGCGAGGUUCCAUCACUCUUCACCCCUGAUGAGCGUGAAAAGCGCGUCAAUGCGUGUCUGGAGGGCGCGCAUGCGCGUGGCAUUACGGACCGAGAUGAUGUAUACAACUACUUCAUCUCACGCGUUCGUGACAACUUGCACGUUGUUCUCUGUAUGAGCCCUGUUGGCGAUACGUUCCGUACCCGCUGCCGCCAGUUCCCGUCGCUGACUAACUGCUGCUCUAUUGACUGGUUCGAUGAGUGGCCACAUGAGGCCCUCCUCGGCGUGGCGCAACGCCUUUUUGAAGACACAGAAAAGGGGGUUUCAAACCAACUCUUGCCUGUAUUGCCGCCGCUCUGUGUGGACAUUCACACAACAGUGAUUACUGUGGCGCAGGUGUUCUGGGAGGAGCGGCGGCGGCGCUACUACAUCACACCGACAUCGUACCUGGAGUUUAUUGAGCUAUACAAGGCACUCUACAACGAGCAGCGUGCACUACUGGAGGAGCAGCUCUCUCGCGUCGUUAACGGCAAACAAAAAAUGAAAGAGACAGAUGAAACUAUCGCCAAGAUGAAGGUAGAGAUCGAGACAAAGCGUCCACUGCUUGAGAAGGCUUCAAAGGAGACGGAGGAGGUCGUCGCGGACUUGUCAGUGCGGCAAGCAAAGGCGAGUGAGGUGCAGGUGCAGGUGCGAGCCCAGCAGGAGAGCGCUGCGGAUCAGCAGAAACACGCAACCCAUAUUGCCAAUGAAGCCAAUGCCCGUCUUGCAGAGGCAAAGCCCAUCAUCGACAAGGCGAAGGCUGCCCUUGACACAAUUCAGGCAAGUGACCUGAACGAAUUGCGAUCCUUUGCAAAUCCGCCCUCUGCUGUUCUCAAGACGACACAAGCAUGCAUGGUAAUGUUCGACCCGAAAGACUUUGGUGGCGCGUGGUCAGGUAACACGGACUGGAAGGGUGCACGAGAGUUUCUGUCGUACCGCCCGCUUCUCGAUAUGAUCCGAGGGUAUCCUACCGACAACGUGAAGCCGUCUAUCCUGCAGAAGGUUCAACGGUAUGUGAAUGAUGAAGAGUUUACCGUGGAAAUUUGUUCGCAAAAGGGUUCCCAGACGUGUGGUAGCCUAUGUGCGUGGGUGCAUGCCGUGAAUGAGUACUCGAAAGUCGUGAAGGAAGUUGCGCCGAUGCGGGCUGCUGCGGCGGAGGCGGAGCGUCACCUUGCGGAAACCAAUGCAAAGUUAAAAGCUGCGCAAGAGACACUGCGUGACGUGGAAGCGGAGCUCGCUGAGUUGCAGAAGAACUAUGAGACGAGCUCUAAGCGGAAGAGGGAUCUGGAGGAAGGGCUGAAGGUAUGCAUCCGCCGUCUUGAGAACGCAGAGAGCCUCUCGAGCUCCCUCAAGAGUGAGGGCGUGCGUUGGGAGGAGAAUAUCCAGCAGUUGCGUGCGCGGCUUGAGCAGCUGCCGCUACAGUCUUUUAUGGCAAGUGCGUGCGUCGCGUACUUCGGUGCCUUCACACCGCUCUUCCGCAAGCGUCUUGUGCGUCUGUGGCUUGACAAACUGACCGAGCACAAUCUAGACGCGGGAGACUUCACUCUGCGUGACACACUCGGUGACCCGAUGGACAUUCUCACGUGGCAGAUCAACGGCCUUCCGGCGGACGAGAGCUCAACGGAGAACGCCAUCAUCGCGUCCCUCUCCACCGCGCCGCGCCGCUGGCCACUCUUCAUUGACCCACAGGAGCAAGGUGUGAAGUGGCUUGUGCAGCAGUACGCCGGGGUGGGGGCGACAGGGGCAGCGAAGAGCCUGACGAAGAUUGCCGCUGCGGUGAAAGUUAUCAAGCUGACGGAACCGACGUGGAUGCGCACACUAGAGACGCAGAUUCGCCUCGGGGGUGUGGUGAUUUUAGACGAUGUUGGGGAGACACUCGACCCCGCACUGGAGCCGCUGCUGUCGCGCCGCAUCUUUGCUGCGGAGGGCGGCACGCCGCAAAUCAUACUGACACCGCAAUCUGGCGCGAUUGACUACAACCCGAACUUCCGUUUCUUCAUCUGCUCGAAGCUGCCAAACCCGCACUACCUGCCGGACAUCAGCACAAAGGUGACAGUGCUAAACUUCACUGUGACGCUCGAUGGUCUCGAGGACCAGCUGCUUGGUGACGUUGUCUCCAUUGAAAAACGGGAGCUUGAGGAGGAAAAGAACCGCAUUAUCCAAAGCAUUUCCCAGGGGCAGAAGAAACUUAAGGUUAUUGAGGAGACAAUUCUCGGAAAGCUCAAGAAUACUAAAGGUAACAUUUUAGACGACAGUGACCUCAUCGCUGAGCUCAAGUCGGCCCAGUCGAACGCGCAUGUCCUUGGUGAGAACCAGAAGGAAGCCAAUGAAAAAAUGAAGAUCAUCACGGCAACGCGUGAUUGCUACCGUGACGUGGCGGUCCGCGCCUCAGUGCUCUUCUUUGUUUUGGCUGACCUCUCCCGCAUCGAUCCCAUGUAUCAGUACUCACUGCAGUUCUUUGUGAAGCUGGUGCAGCAUGAGGUACAGGUCACCGAGAAGCCGGCUCAAUACUCUGAGUUAAACCCGACGAUGCUGCGGAAUCAUCUCGACAAUAUCAUCUCGCGAUUGACUCUAACCACAUAUGAACAGGUUUGCCGUGGCUUGUUUAACAAGGACAAGACGAUUCUUUCUCUUCUUAUUUGCACUGCCAUUGCACGUCACAACCGUGAACUGCUGGAGGAUGAAUGGCAGUACUUCAUCCGUGCCUCUGCCCUGGUGCCGAGUGAUCUCCCACCGCUGCCAGACAAGUUGUCGUUUUUGUCCCGGCAGCAAUGGGAGCUUACUGUAGCACUUUUCCGAAACGUGCACUGCUACCGAGCUCUUGAAACUAGCCUUCAGAAUGAUAGCGGGGCGUGGAAGGAGUUCAUUCACUCGGAGGCGCCGCAGGACGCCCUGUUACCCGGCGACUGGAAUAGUAAGUUGAACGCCUUUCAGCGUAUUUUGCUUAUUCGCUGUUUCCGAGAGGAAAAAUUGUUCUUUGCGUUGACAGAUUACGUGGGACGAGCGAUGGGGGAGCGGUUUGUGGAGCCGCCGCCCUUCAGCUUGGAGGUCGCGCUGGCCGACAGCUCCCCGACGACACCGAUUGUGUUUAUUCUCUCUCAGGGGGCGGAUCCGAUGGGAACGCUGCAGGCCUUCGCGCAGAGCCAGGAACGCGUCCUGCAGUACGUGUCGCUCGGUCAGGGACAGGGGGAAAACGCCAAACGACUCAUUGCCACAUGUCGCAAAAGUGGAAGCUGGGCACUAUUACAGAACUGUCACUUGUCAAAAACCUUCAUGCCGGAGUUGGAGCUGCAGGUUGCCGGCCUGCAGCAGCCAAGCGCAAGUGUCCAUCCAGAUUUCCGCCUUUGGUUGACGUCAAUGCCAACCAACUUUUUCCCUGUCUUUGUGCUGCAAAACAGCAUCAAACUUACCAAUGAACCACCGACGGGAUUAAAGGCGAAUAUGGUCCGCUGUUUUAGUGGGAUCACGGAGGAGGAGUUUGAGGUGUUUGGUGAUGAUGAGCGCAUGGGGGUUCACUCUAAGAGUAUGGCCUUCAAGAAGCUUUUAUAUGGUCUGUGCUUCUUCCAUUCCGUGGUGCUGGAGCGAAAGAAAUUCGGUCCACUGGGGUGGAAUGUGCGCUAUGAAUGGAAUGACACGGAUUUCCACGUAUCCAAGCAAUGGCUGCGUCUUUUCUUUGAGGAACAAGAGGUCAUUCCGUGGGAGUCGCUUGAAUACAUCAUUGGUCAGAUCAACUAUGGUGGUCGUGUAACAGAUCCACUUGACAGAGGCACGCUGCAAACGAUCCUGCGCAGUUACAUCUGCCCGUCUAUCAUGGAAAACGACUUUAUGUUUAGCCCUAGCGGCAACUACUACGCCCCGCCAGCCGGUAGCUUGCAGAGCUUCAUGGAGCAUAUUCAGCAAAUGUCUCUUGUGGAUGAGCCUGAGGUAUUUGGCAUGCACACCAACGCGAAUCUGCGUUACCAGCUGCAGGUUUCACAGUACCUCAUGAGUACCGUUGUGUCCAUUCAGCCGCGUCUGACCGGGGGCGGCGGCGGCGGCGGCAGCAGCAGCAGUGGUGCUGACGGCGGUGCCAAUACUCCAGAAGAUGAAGUGAAGCGCAAAUGCGAGGAAUUUGCCGCCACACUCCCAGAAGUCCUCUCGCGUGAUGAAGCCGGACCCAAGAGUUUCACAACUCUGGAGAAUGGCCUUCCUAAUUCCAUGUCAACCGUUCUGGCGCAUGAGAUGGUGAAAUACAACAAACUCAUUACGACGAUGCGGAAGGCGAUUCACGACCUGCAGAAGGCACUGCAGGGUCUCACUGUGCUUUCGGCCGAUCUGGACUCGAUGUACGACUCUUUCUUGACUGAUCAAGUCCCCCGUUUAUGGAGCGCGGUGGCCUACACCUCCCUGAAGCCGUUGGGCUCCUGGUACCGUGACUUCCUGGAGCGGGUGCGGUUUAUCCGCACCUGGGUGCAGAAGGGCGAACCGAAGAGCUUCUGGAUCGGCGGCCUCUAUAACCCGAGCGCAUUUAUGACGGGUGCGUACCAAGCCUACUCCCGCGCGGAAGGCGUUUCAGUCGACAAACUGGGCUUUAGCUUCCGCAUGGUGGACGUGGACGUGGACCACAUUGGCAGUGGGCCGGAGCGCGGCUGCUACGUGCACGGCAUCUACACGGACUCAUGGCGCUGGGACGCGGCGCAGGGUGCCAUGGCGGACUCGCUCCCCGGCGAGCCGCACGCGCUGCUGCCGGUGGUGCACUUCCUGCCGGAGCCGUUCCACAAGACGGAAGAGCGUUGGCACCGCGUGCCGCUAUACCGCACGGUGGUGCGCGCCGGUGUCAUCUCGUCCCUGGGCGCCAGCAGCAACUAUGUGCUAUCGCUCGAGGCACCGACUGAGAAGGGGACGGACUAUUGGCUGCUGAUGGGCGCCGCCUGCGUCUGCGCGCUCGCCAUCUAG